AUGAUGAACAACUCAGAUUCCAGCCCCCCAAAAAGGGCAACAUUCUCCAGCUGGCUCAGUUCGGAUCCCUUCCUCUUCCGGGGGGCGGGGCAGAGAAGCUUCCGCUACCUCCCCGCCCCCUCCUUGGAAUCUCAUCAUCACACGCGUCUGCUCGGCUCCCUCAUCCGUAAAGAGGGCCACAUUUACUCCCUUGCUGCCUCUGGCGACCUCCUCUACACGGGCUCCGAGAGCAAGAGCAUCCGGGUCUGGAAGAAUCAGAAGGAAUUCUCCGGCUUCAAAUCCAACUCCGGUCUCGUUAAGGCCAUCAUCAUCUCCGGAGAACGGAUCUUCUCCGGUCACCAGGACGGCAAGAUCCGAAUCUGGAAGGCCUCGCGCAAGGAUCCCAUGUUCCACAAGCGCGUGGGCACAAUGCCGACCUUGCGAUCGAUGAUCAAGAUCUCCUUCAAUCCCAGUAACCACGUUCGAAAAGCGCACAUCGACGCCAUCUCAUGCCUCAGCCUGAGCGAGGACAAAUCCUUGCUCUACUCCGCUUCCUGGGAUAAGACCUUCAAGGUAUGGAGGAUCUCCGACUCCAAAUGCCUCGAGUCUGUCACGGCGCAUGAUGACGCCGUGAACGCCCUCGUCGCCGCAUGCGACGGCUUCGUGUUCACGGGGUCGGCGGACGGCACCGUUAAGGUGUGGCGGAGGCAGGUGGUGGGGCGGAAGACGAAGCAUUUCCUGACACAGACGCUGCUGAAUCUGGACUGCGCCGUGACGGCGCUGACCGUGGACCCCUCCGGCAGGUUCCUCUACUGCGGGUCGUCGGACGGCCUCGUGAACUACUGGGAGUGCGGGACUUUUUUAUGCCACGGCGGGGUGCUGCGGGGCCACAAGCUGGCGGUGCUGUGCCUGGCGACAGUGGGGAAGUUGGCGCUGAGCGGGUCGGCGGACACCAAUGUGUGUGUGUGGAGGAGGGACGGUGGGGAGCACGUAUGCCUGUCGGUGCUGACGGGGCACAGCGGGCCUGUCAAGUGUCUGGCAGCUGAGGAGGAAGAUUCGGAAGACGAGAUGGGAGCCUACUGGCGCAUUGGCGGCGGAAGGAACUAUAUCUUGUAUAGCGGCAGCAGCGAUAAGUCCGUCAAGAUAUGGAAGGUGACGCAGGCGCCACGAGCCCCACCGCGCCUGCCCUCUCGGCCCUAUCGGCAGAUGGCAGACUUUCUCUACGGAGCUUCCACCUGCAAGAUUGCUGCGGCUGAGCAGGAUCAUGCACGUCCUAUGUUUAAUCAGGCUUCAUGAAAUUCUCUACAGGAUUAUUUGGGACCUUUUUCACCUUCACUAUUUUAGUAUACAUGACAUGACAGGACAUAUAAAACGAUGCGGUUAAGGUAUUCUACUUUGGUAUGUGAAAAGUUUGUUCAACAUUUCUGGAGAGGAAGUGUAUGAUUUAUCUUUAUCAACGCAUCCAAUCCUAGGAAUUUGUAUUUUGUGAGGACGGAAAAUAAACUAAGUUUCCUAUUCCCUUUAUCACUGUGUGGGAAGCACCGAAAAUAACAUAUCUCAAUCAGCCAUAAAACUAUAUCUUGCCUGCUCCCGAGCGCUGAGAAGAACAUUUCUGCACACCCAUCCCAGUCUCGACAUCUUCUCCACCAUUUCACUAACAUCCGCUUCUGCACGUUUCUUGCUUUGUCUUAUUAGUGUAAGCCAUUCACACGCUGAAUCUGACAAAUCGCAAGCUUCUAAAACGUUUUCCCAUUCC